AUGGUAGUGCUCUACAAUGCAGUUUCCCUCCUCGUCCUCAUCACGACCGUCUACUCCCGCCCCGUGGACCUCGCCGACAAAGACCAAGCCAUAGCCCCCCAUAUAUUCCGCAGAAACAAGCCGCCGUUUACCUUCCUUUCAGAUCACAAAAUCGACCUGAAAUAUCCUGAAGAUUCAGAAUUAGAAGCGGCCUUUCGAACUGCGAAUAUUAAUCAUGCACCGAAGGUCUACGGGUUUGCAAACCCAGAGGACGAUAAAAUUUCGCUACUGGAAACAGCGUCUCAGAUUGGAAGGAACAAGAAAGAUGAAGGACUUGCAUCAGAGCACAUUCUCGAAUGGCAGUUGUUGGCUUCCAAACAUGGCCUCUUGGGCGAAAUACUAACACAACUUCUCCAAACAAACCCUAAGAACAAUGAUGCCAUGACUGCAUGCUGGAAUGACGACCACACAAAACGGUUGCAAAUGGCGUUCCCGAGCACCGGUUCGCCCUUGCUGGGUACAAUGACUCGUCUUGUUUCUGGUCCCAACUCCAAGAAGGAGACUCUUUGGUCUCCUGUUAAGGUCAACCCAGUGACGUCGGCAACCAUGAAGAACAAGUUCGAUCAAGAGGAUGGAGUCCCUACCGCCAUAAGAGACCUGAAGGCUGCUAUGGACUACAUGGUUAUGCCCGAGACCAUUCAAUCUUUCAAGAAGCAAGUAUCCGCGGUUACAAAAGCCCUGAGGGAUAAUGAGCAGGAUCUAGCGAAAAACUGCAAAUUCGUCUACACGAGCAUGCAACUCGAUGUGAAGUUUCUCGAACUAAUCAAGAGGCAAGCGAAAUCGGGACUUGAGCAGGGCUUAUCGUCCAUCAAACUCUGGAUGCAGACCUACAAGGGCAGUCCUCCAUCGCCAAAGACCAAGGCCGCGGUUCCUCUAACCAAUGCAGGUCUGCCGCCGACCGAAGUGCCUACACGGCCGGCUCCUCCCAAACACGGCCUCUCGUCCGGGACAGUUCAACAAGUGCAGCCGCCGCCAAAGACGCAAAAGACGACUGGCAAACAGACCGCCGGCUCGGCGUCCGUCACGACGGAGCCAGCGGCCUCGGCGAAGGGACAGGUGCUCUUUGCCAAACUCAAGCAGAGCAUCAAUGACAAGUGGGAAACCGAUAUCAGGACAAAUUGGAGCAAGCUGACCUAUUUUAAAGACACACCAAAGAAUUCGCCGGCGAACUCGCGAAGCGCAUCGCCUGGUCCUGCGCAGUAA